AUGUCGGAACAAGCCUCCUCAGUGCUCGAGGCCAUCACAAGUUUGCCAAAUGCCAUGACGACCGCAACACCCUCCGCCCUGGCUUUGGCCAACGCGACAUCCAUGGAGCAGGCUACUCAGUCUUCCUGGUUUGGCCUCCUGAGUCGAAUGAUACUGUUCACAGUCAAGGUCAUUCCAGGCAUCCUGUACUGGCUGAUCACAUUUGCGACUAUCACUAUGCCGACUUUUCUCUUCACCAUUUUCUCCACGAGCUUGACAUUCACAAUGAAUGCAACGACAUUAAUGUUGAUUGGUAUUGCCCUCGUGUCGACCAUGAGCUGGUUUGUACGCUACCGAUUCCUCAAUAUGUAUGCUCGGCUGCCUCCUGAGCCUCAAAGAAAAGAGCCCGAGAUAGAUUUAUAUCCUGAAAACCAAGAGGAUAGUUCCAAGUCCGGCUUCUCCAACUACUUAGACGAAUUUUUGAGCGCCAUCAAGGUGUUUGGAUAUUUGGAAAGACCUGUAUUCCACGAGCUUACUCGGACCAUGCAAACGAGAAAGCUGAUAGCUGGAGAGACCCUCAAUCUGGAAGAGGAAAAAGGCUUCUGUCUUGUGGUAGAUGGCCUCGUCGAGAUCUUCGUGAAAUCUUCCCGGGAAACGAGGGACUCAGACUCUGAACCAAGGUUCAAUCCAGAUGAUUCUUCUGAUAGUGGGGAGGGGCAAUAUCGUCGAAGUACGCAGCAGGGAUAUCAAUUGUUGACGGAAGUAAGGAAUGGAGCUCCGAUGUCGUCCCUUUUCUCAAUCCUGUCCCUUUUUACAGAAGACGUCAAGCUUAGACACGAAGACGAUGAAGUGGAUAGCCGCUCCUCGUCAGCGCAUGGCCAUCGAGGAUUUCCAUCGGGUGCUGGUUUGUCAUUCGCCCACACUCAUCACGAGACGCCACCAUCACUUCCAACAAGCCCUAUCUAUGGUGCCCCAGGCCAGAAUUACCAACCCACCCCUGGAGACCGAAGAUCUUCUACAAUGCCCACCUCUAUCGGAGGAGGAAAAUUGCCUAGAAUCCCACCUCUAUCUCUUGAUACCCCAGAAGAGCAAUCGAAGCCUUUGCCAAGACCAACGACGCGAAGAGCAAAGACUAAUUCUGCUCAUCCGGAUAUCGUGGCCCGCGCAACCGUCGAUACUACUAUUGCUAUUAUUCCAGCCAGUGCAUUUCGUCGCCUUACGAGAAUUUACCCUAAAGCUACCGCACAUAUUGUUCAGGUUAUUCUAACCAGGUUGCAAAGGGUCACCUUGGCUACAGCACACUCGUAUCUUGGGUUGACAAGCGAAGUCCUGCGUACCGAGAAACAUAUGAACAAGUAUACGACAUAUGAGCUUCCAAACUUCCUACGCGGCGAUGCCUUAGGCAGGUUGAAGGAAAAAUUUGAUAGGGAACGCGAACGAAUUGGUCCAGAGGACGGUAGCAAAGGUAUCGCACUGCAUAAUUCGGGCACUGGUCGAAGGAGUCGAUCAAGUAACAGUCUCCGAAAGGGAGCCACUCUACAUGUAUUAUCUGGGAAGAAAACUUCUCAUGGUACCUUCAACGCAGAGCACACACGACGCAGCGAAACGGGCGGCAGCCCAAGUCCAGGAGACCUCCUCACCAAUAUACAAAUGUCUCGCAACGGCGGUCGACGACUCAGCACCCUAGGGUCUUCUUCAGGAAAUCUCGUCUCGGGGCCGAAGAUCUGGCAGCAUGAUCCUCAAAGCCCUCUUCAACAGCGGUCUUUCAAUCCAUUCAACAGCUCAAUCAAUCCGAGGGAGACCCUCCACCGUCAGGAUUCAGUUGAUGAGGACAGCAUGUUUCGGUCAUCCAUUCUUGAGUGCAUAUUCAAGGCUAUUGGUUUGACGAAUACAAAGAAUGCUCUAAACAUGUCGGAUUCAGUUGAGGCUUCACCCAGGCUGGUCUCGUACGACCAAAAGCGGCAGAAAGCAGUGUUCAGCCACAAUGCUUUUGGCUUCAUUGACCCGUACGAAGGAUCAGCGGAUGGUGAUACAGAGUCCAUGACUUCCGGUGGUAUGAGUGUUGGAGGCUUUCCUAGCACGCAAGGUCUCGCCCGCGAGUUGAAAGAUGAGGUGGAGAUCGUGUUCUUCCCAAAAGGCUCGAUUCUUGUAGAACAGGGCGAACGCAACCCCGGGUUAUAUUAUGUGAUUGAUGGGUUCUUGGAUGUCACUGUUCCUGUCGAUGACAGAUCACAAUCCACCGUCUUGGGUCAUUCGCAUCCGAGUUCGGCAAACCCAAGGUCUAAAGAUCAAACGCUGUCUCCUCUAUCCCGGACUCGGACAGGAUCGUCCCGCACGUCUGGCUCGGCUCUAGGAAAUGAUGGAGGCGAUGGCAAAAAGCGUAAGUCCCCGGGCCGGAAGAGCCUCGCGCUCAUAAAACCGGGAGGGAUCGCAGGCUACAUUGGUACGAUCUCUUCAUAUCGCUCUUUUAUUGAUGUCGUGGCCAAAACCGACGUCUAUGUCGGCUUCCUGCCUCGAUCCUCCCUGGAGAGAAUAGUAGAGAAAUACCCUGUCGUCCUCCUAACUAUGGCAAAGCGAUUGACUAGCCUUUUGCCACGACUCAUACUUCAUAUUGAUUUCGCUCUUGAGUGGGUUCAAGUCAAUGCAGGUCAGGUCAUCUAUCAUCAAGGAGAUGAGAGUGAUGCAAUAUACAUUGUCUUAAACGGUCGACUUCGCGCCGUCGCCAACAAUGAAGAAGCUGGAAAGAAGGUUAUGGGUGAAUACGGUCAGGGUGAAAGCGUCGGAGAGCUUGAGGUUAUGACCGAAUCGACUCGACCUGUUACGCUCCAUGCUAUUCGAGAUACCGAGCUCGCAAAAUUUCCACGGACUCUAUUCAAUAGUCUCGCUCAAGAACAUCCAGGCAUCACGAUCAAGAUCUCCAAGAUCAUAGCAUCCAGGAUGCGGUCUUUGGUUGAAGAUCCAGUCUUCAUUCAAGGCAAGGAGAAGACGACUGGAGCCACCAACAAUAAGGUAUCCUCGACGGUAAACUUGAGAACUGUGGCGAUUUUACCUGUCACUACCGGCGUACCUGUGGUUGAAUUCGCUAGCCGAUUAAUGAAUGCCCUCACUCAGAUUGGGGCAACCAAUGGGGUCACUUCGCUCAAUCAAUCCGCCAUUUUUAAUCAUCUUGGAAGACAUGCUUUCAGUCGUAUGGGGAAACUGAAGCUCUCGCAGUAUCUCGCUGACCUUGAGGAGAAAUAUGGUCUGGUUCUAUAUGUUGCUGACACAAAUGUCAAUGCCCCCUGGACCCAAACUUGCGUAAGCCAAGCCGAUUGCAUUCUUCUUGUUGGUCUAGCUGAAGGCUCACCUGCAAUUGGCGAGUUUGAGCGUUUCUUGUUGGGUACGAAGACUACGGCGAGGAAAGAAUUGGUCUUGCUGCACGCAGACAGAUUUGCACCUCAAGGAUUAACUCGAUCGUGGCUGCGCAAUCGUGUCUGGAUCAACGGUGGCCACCAUCAUGUUCAAAUGGCGUUCCGCUCAAGCUCUGCACCUGUCCAUCCGCAGGCAAGGAAAUUCGGAUCGGCAUUAAAGCAACGGGUCCAGGUCAUACAGGCCGAAAUCCAGAAGUAUACUUCUCGGAGGCUUCGACAGACGCCUUUGUACUCCGCCGAGACGCCUUUCAAAGGCGACUUCCAUAGAAUUGCUCGACGCCUUUGCGGAAAAUCCAUCGGUCUUGUGCUAGGUGGCGGAGGCGCCAGGGGCAUAUCACAUAUCGGAAUUAUCAGAGCUCUCGAAGAAGCUGGUAUUCCUAUUGACAUCGUCGGAGGUACGUCCAUCGGUGCCUUUAUCGGUGCAUUGUAUGCUCGCGAUGCAGAUGUAGUGCCUAUGUACGGCCGAGCAAAGAAGUUUUCCGGACGCAUGGCGAGUAUGUGGCGGUUUGCUCUGGAUUUGACCUAUCCAUCUGCGUCCUACACAACAGGUCACGAAUUCAAUCGUGGUAUCUUCAAAGCUUUCGGAAACACCCAGAUCGAAGAUCUCUGGCUCGAAUACUACUGUAAUACAACCAAUAUCAGCAAGAGUAGAUCUGAGAUUCACACAAGUGGGUAUGCAUGGCGCUAUGUCAGAGCUUCCAUGUCACUUGCUGGACUUCUCCCGCCUCUGUGUGAUGAAGGAAGUAUGCUUCUUGACGGGGGCUAUGUUGACAAUUUAACCGUUUCGCACAUGAAGUCACUAGGAGCCGACGUUAUCUUCGCUAUCGACGUGGGCAGUCUGGACGACGAUACACCACAGACAUUUGGAGAUUCUUUGUCGGGUUUCUGGGCCUUUGCAAAUCGCUGGAAUCCGUUCUCUUCUUUUCCAAACCCACCCACACUUGCCGAAAUCCAAGCACGACUUGCAUAUGUGUCAAGUGUGGAUGCUUUGGAAAGAGCAAAGACGACCCCCGGCUGCCAUUACAUGCGCCCUCCUAUUGACAACUAUGGCACGCUGGACUUUGGCAAGUUUGAUGAGAUAUACCAGGUAGGGUAUAAGUUUGGGCAGGAGUAUCUGGCAAAGAUGCGGGAUGAAGGAGUGUUGCCCUUGAUGGACGAGACGGAGGAGAAGAAAGCCCUGCGUAGGACUAUGGCUCCGAGAAGAGCCAGCAUUUGA